AUGCAGGUUGAAGUCUUAGAAGUUGAUGUAAUGAUGCAAACGAUAAAAAAGUAAUUUGAGGCUCCUUUAUUUGAGGGAGUGUCUCCUGAUGAUGGGAGAUAUAACAUCUUAUACUCUAAGCCUCCUGCUAAGAACUAAAAUAUAGAAGCUGAAGAGAGAAUUCUAGUUAUUUAUCCAAACAAUAUUUUAUCUCUUUAUAAUGCAGAUACAUUAGAAAUACUCUAGGUUGUUUAAUCAACUGUUAAUAUUGUGUGUCCAAUAGUUUCCUAUGUUGAAGAUGAAGCAGAGGGUAAAUUCUUAAGCUACCUUUCAUUUAUGAAUAUAAACAAUAAAUAGCCAAGAGACUAAUAGCCUCAGGAAGAUAAAUUCAUUAUGUUAAAACUAAGUCAAUUGGAUGAGCUUUCCAAGAAACAAACAAAAGCUCUUAUUACUCUUAAAUGUCCUUAUAAGAAUGUAGUAGUCACAGAUUAAGUCAGAAUAAAGGGAUUUGAAAGAAGCUAUUUAGUUAGCUUCUCAAAUGGAAAGAUGUGGGAACUUGACCCCUUUGAUGCUAAAAGUCAAAGACUCAUUUCAAUUGACUAGUUCAGAGUAACCUUAUUUUGCCAUAAUAUGGAAUAUUUCUAGGAUCAAGUUGGAGAAUAAAAGCCUUAUCAGAUCAAUUCUAUUGAUUCAGUUUUUCUUGCAAGAUAGAAACAAACAUAUGUGAUUACAGCAGAUGUCUAGGGAAGGCUUUCGAUUAUCUAGUUUAAGAAAAGCUAGCCGUUGGUUUAUAUUUUUCAUGAGUAGAUCUCGUACAAUUAAAUAGUCUCUAUAAAGUUCUUUUCCCAAUCUUAGCUGAUCUUUGGAUAUAUUACUUCAGAUGGAACAUUUUAGAUUCAAAAAGCAAUAUAAGAAAACCUUGGGGGUUAAAUCAAAUUCAUUUUGAUCAAACUUUGCUAAGCUAGUAUGUUUGAAGAACUAGCAAAUCACUUCAACUUCGCUCAUCUCUAAAUUAGACCUAAUUAAGCCAUCUAGGUAUAUGAACAGAGUGGAUUAUUUGCUUAAAAUUAUGGAGUUAUGUGGAGUGAAAGAGUGCUUUAUAAGCUUAAUAAAAGAACCUAGGAGAAAAAAGUUAUCAUUGAAAAUAAAUUUAGUUUGUUUAAGCUCUAUGAUAAGUUCUAACCAAUUACAUCAGGAAUGAGAGGUGUCAUCAUAGCAGAUCCAUUACCUUUAUAGAUUAAUUAGUUGAUACCACAAAAGCAGGAUGAUGUGCUUAAGUCUGAGCCCCUUAGUUUUUACAUAGAUUAUGACAACUAGAAUCCUGAGAAUUAGUAAUACCUUAUAAAUGCAUACAAUAUCUUUGAUGGCAAGAAGAAGACAUUAAUUAAUAUUAACUAGCAGAGUGGAUUACAUUAGCAAGAGUUCAGUAUCUCUAAGAUUGAUGUUCGGCCUAAGAUUCUCAGUGAAUCUAAUGAGUAUCGAUUCAUGACUUAGAUUUAAAUGUUUAACAGUCAGGAGUUUAUAUGUCUUCUAUUUCACUAUGAUAUGCAAAGCAAUAAGCUAAUUAGCAAUGUCCAAUAAUUUUCCGGGAUUGACAGUGCAUUUAUAGGAAGAUAUGAUGAAAUAAAUCCAGCUUUAAUUAUCUUACAAGAAGACUUGAAAACUUUGCUUUUAUUUGCCUUUAGUAAAGAUUUAGAGGCAAAGCUACCAAGAGGCCAUGUCUCGCUUUUAUCAAAGGUAAAGUAAUUAUUUUGGACUCCUUUCAGAGAGGGACUUGCAGUUUUAUAUGAAAGUUAGCAAGAUAAUUAAGUGAGGUUUUCAAAGAAUAGGCUUGACACUAAUAGAGUUGAGGACUUUAAUAUCUUAGCUCAAAGUAAAUACUCAUUUAAGAUGACCUAUGAUGAGAAGGUUUUUGCAAUUAAAUGGAAUCAAAGUACAGUUCCUGCAGAUUUAAGCACUUUAAAAGCCGUUAUAGGCACUAAUCAGAGAAUAGCUAUAGUUGAUUCAAAUCUAUAAGUGCUAAGCAGCAUUAAUCUCAGAAAUAAUCCACUUCUUACUAGUUUAAUGUGGCUUGGAGGAGUUACAGUUUUAUUUUCUACAGAAAGGCAUUUACAAUAUUUGGUUCUAGGAAAAUCAAAUACUCAAAAUGUGGGUAUCAUCUAAAGUCUGAAUUCUUACACUUAAUAGAACGUAGAAGUGAUAGUUAACAUUCUUAGCGAUCGUAUCAUCACCUCAAGAUUCAAUGAAAAGUCUUUGACAGUGAAUUUCAUGAAUAAAUAAUGUCUUAUGCUUGAAUGUCUUCUUCUAGGUUACCUUACAAUGAAUCAGAAAAAGACGAUCGAUUAGAGCAUAGUUAGAAACUGUCUUACCUACCUUGAUACUUCUAUGAUAUCAUAGAAUUUAUUAAAAAGGCUGAUCAAACUAAACUUCAUCAAUACUUCAAGUUUUCUUCUCAACAAUCCUAACUGUGUUUAGUUUGAGAUAACAGAGAAGGUGAAGAUCUAGAACAAGCUUAUGCAGAUCGAUAACAUAAUUGAAAUCUUGUUUCCUAAUAAAGACAUUAACAAAGAAUAGGAUAGGAAUGACAUAAUGCACAAACUUAGCAAUGAAUCUGAUUACUAACUUGAGAGGCAUUUACUACAAAGAUAGGCAAGAAAUUUCGUUGAGCUAAAGCAAUAUAACAAGGCACUUAAUUGUGCUGAAUUGCUGAAUGACUCUAGGCUAGCUAUGCAAGUACUUGAUUUAAUGGGAGAUCUCAAACUAAUUGAAUAGAGUCUAGCUAAUGGAUAACUUCGGUUUCUUAAUUAAUCAGAAUGCAUUGCUUUUUAUGAGAGAAAAUAAAAAAAAGCCAUUGAAUAGAGGGAUAUUAUGACAAGAUGCUAAAUUCCAGAAGAAAAGAAUCAAGUUUGGAAUAUUGAUCUUAAAAAUUUCAAGGAGGAUGAAAGCAUUUAGGAUCUAAAUGAUGAAGCAUUAGGAGUGGACUUUAGUAUCAAAGGAAUAAAUAGAAUGAACCUUGCAUUUGAUGAGGCUCCAUUUGCCUACUCUACAAGCCUGAUCUCGAGUAAAUCACAUAUAAUGCACUCAGUAGUAAAUGAUAACAUAGCUAACUGGCUUGGCUUUGAUUCAUUAGUAGCAGACAAUAGUCAUCAAGCUGUUGGAAACAAUCAAAUGAUGAUGAAUUAGAAUAUGAACUAACCUGUUCUUCAAAAAUAGGAGAGCAGUGAUCAGCAAGCUGAUGAUGCUAAUUUCUAAAGCAAUGAGUUCUAUUUCACAGAUGAUUAAGAAGCAGAUGAUCUUGAAGAGAAGAAAUUUCUGAUACUCUAUUGGAGAUGUGACGAAGGAAAAGGUAACUAGGUUAACGAUCUAAGUGAUAAUGAAAUGCAUACUUAGCUGUAAAAUGAAACACUAUGGAGUGAGGAGCCACUUCAAGAUGGCCAGCCAAUUGAGUUUGAAGAUAAGUGGGGCAAAGAAAAUACACCUUCAUACUCAAUAAAAGUUACACAAUAACCGUUAAAAGCAAAGAUAAGCUCAGUAACUUAUUAGAAUCUCAACAUAAAAAAUAACAUAACUGUUGAGAUGUGGUUAUACAUCGAAAAUGCAAAUGAUUUGGUCUUGUUGGAAACUAAGAGUUUAAAAAUCACAUUGAAAGAUAAUCAAUAUGUUGGUAUACUAUAAGGAUAGAAGGGUAAGAAAAUUAAGUUAAAAGAGCAAUUAAUACUGAAUAGCUGGGUUCAUAUAACAAUUGUCAACUGCGUGAACACAAAAACUUUAAGAUUUUAUCAAAACUCAAAUAUAUUAGCUGAAGUUAAUGACACAGUCUAUAGAUUAAGUCUUGAGAAUUAAGAUGUCAGCUUUCUGUACUCUAAAGAUCCUUAAAUUAAGGUUUUAGCUACUGAAAUUAGAUUUUGGGGGAUCAAUCUUAACUAAAAGAUCAUUAAGGAGAACUACAAACUGCCACUCUCUAUUCUUUAUGAAUAGAAAAGAGCGAUCAAGAUUAAGAUUAGAAAGAGACAACAGGAUGAGUAAAAUCAAGAUAAAUCAGCUGCUGCAGGCGGACUUAAUGGACUUAAAAAGCUAGGAGGGCUCAAGAAAUUAGGAGAUAAUAAUAAGUCUUAAGGACUUAAGAUGUAAAGUGCUUUUGAUAAGAAGAAGGAGGAAGCAAAAUAGUCCAAUGAUUAGCCAUAGGAAGAUUUGAAUCUUAAGAUUGAUAAUUAAAGAGCGAGCUCAUAAAAUUUCUAUGAAGAGGAAAAGGUAUAAAGUAAUGAGCAUUUUAAUUAAUAAAAUAAUGCUGGAUUUGAUGCUUUUGGAUUCGGAUUUGAUAGCUAAUAAUAAAAAAUAGAUGAUAAUAGUACUUAGAAUUACAAUAAUCCAGCAAGUAACAAUUUUUAAGAUGAUUUCUUUGGCUUUGGCUAGAAAUAAGAGGAAUCUAGUUAAUAAGUGCAUCAAUCUAAUAACGAUUUCAAUGAUUUUUAUUAGCCAGCUUAGAGCAAUACUCAAAAUCAGGCAUUUGACAAUUUUGGGUUUGGCUUUGAUUAGAAUUAAUAUGAGCAGGAGAGUUAAGUAUAGGAUGCCAGUAAAUUCAAUGAAGAACUCUAACCAAAUAAUUAAAAUUUCUUCGAUAAUGAUUUUUCUGGGUAAAAUUAAUAUAGCAAUCAUUAAAAUGAUUUUGGACCCUCCUUGGGUAACAAUGAUUAAAAUAAUGAUUCUCCACUUAAAAAUUAAUCUAAUUAAAAAGAAUUUGGAUUUGAAUUUGAUGAAUAUAAACAGACUGAAAUAAUUUCUUAAUAAGAAAAUUAAGUUUCUGGGGCAAAUAAUGGAUUUGAUUUCGGAGAAUUCACUAAUGACAUUGAGUAGCCAUCAGAAUAAAUAUCAAAUAUAUAGAGCAGCAAUUUUAUGAAUGAUUUCAAUUUCGGUUAGAGUUCUAACAACUAUCAGGAUGGUCAGCAAAUUCUAAUGCAAUAGGAAAACUUUGCAACUAACAAUACAAAUAGUUAGAACAAUUUUGAUUUAUUUGAGUAGAAUCCAACUGAAAGAAGUGACUCAUAGCAAUUUUGUUCACCUGACAAGUUAGAAUAAACAUUGAAUUUUGAAUCUAGUUUUCUAUAACAUCAACAGUCAAGCAAUAAUAAGUUAAAUGAGACUGAGCUUUUCCAAGAAGAAUCAAAAAUUGACUUUAUCUAGUCAAAAUAAGAAUCAGUCAUAAUAGUAAAUUAGUCUUAAAUUAAAGCAAUUCCUUCAAAUGAGGUAAAAUAAGUUGAUGUUGAUUAGAUCAUCGAACUAAUGCUAAAAUCUUAGACUAAAGAAGCAGAUGUAAUAAUAAAAGACUAAAUAAAAGUAGUAAGAACUCUAAUAAAACAGAAUAAGUAGCCAGAAUAUAGAAGUACUCUCAAGGGAUAGUUAAGAGAUUUAGUAGUCUAUAAACUAGGCAAUAAGAUCUAAUAAAAAGUAAUAGAUAUGAGAAAGUAAAGUCAAAUCAUGCAAGAACAGAAGCAGAUCAAUGAUCUAUACACUUAAAUUGCCUCGCUAACUAAUCAUCUCAUCCUACUUAGAGUUAAUGAUACUAUUAAGAAGUCUUAUCUUCAAUUAGCAAUCAACUAUAACCUGAAAAUAAAAAAUUUUCAAGCUCUUUCAAAGAUCAUAAUGUUUUAUAAAUCUAACAUCAAAGAUAUUGACUAGAAAGAACUUUAGACUCUUGAGACUAUUAAUUAAAAAUGCGAGAAAUACAAAUUUUAGAAUUAUAACGAAUCGAAAGACGUUUCAUGCCCUGAGUGUAAAGAGGAAUUGAUUUUUGGAUUAGGUGCUCCUAACUGUGCUUAGUGUAAAAUUAAGAUAAACGUCUGCAAUUAUUCAAUAAAGCCAGCUACUCCUGAGACUACACUAAGAUGUAAUAUGUGCUUGGCUAAAUUCUUAGCAGAUGGAGUUAAGAUAAAACCUGGAAUUACUUGUCCUUAUUGUAUGCUCACUAGAAUCGAUAAAAUUUAAUGA